AUGAGAUUCCAGUUGGUGCCAGAGACUCAAACGGCUCUGGUGCUGCUGCGAAGGCGUGCGAGCCUGCCUUGCAGUCGCAUCAAGACGAGAUGGCUAGGCGUUGGAAAGUUGGGUGUGCGGAGAAGCAGUGGUUUGACAAGGAGCAUUAGUGAAGGGCAUCGUCAUGUUCCAUUACUGGGAAUGACCAUCCCCGAACACUUUCAUACCAUGGCGGAGAAAUACGCCGACCACAGGGCAGUGACCAGUGUGCCUGCCAUUCGCAACGUGAACAAGUCCUUGCUGGGCUAUGAAGUCCACUGGAACCCGCGCACCCUCACCUACCGAGAACUUGACUCCAUCUCCAACAUCCUCGCACAUUCGUUGCGAGCGCAAGGAGUCCAGAAAGGCGACAGAGUUGCUGUCAGCCUGGGAAACUGCUGGGAGUUUGCUGCCCUCACCUAUGCAGUCUACAAAUUAGGCGCUAUUCUCGUCCCGCUGAACCCUCAGUUCAACGCCGAGCAAGUCACAGCCGCCCUAAACCAUCUCGAGGUCAAACUCCUCAUCAUCAACGCCAUGACAGACCUCGCAUACAAGCCCGGCCAAGGAAGAAGUAACAUACCCUUACUCAAGACCAUCGUCCCAGACCUCACCACAGGCACCAUCAAAAGCCCAACAGUGAAAAGCCUCGAAAAAGUAAUCGUCGUGGACAACUCAAAAACACACUUCCCCAGCCCCCCAAAGAUCUCGGAGUACCCAUCCCUCACCGCCUUCGACACCAUAUGGCUCCACGACGCGAAACACAUCGACCCCAUCAUCCCCGACUCCCCCCUUUCCCCGUCAGAAACAAUCAACAUCCAAUUCACCUCGGGCACCACCUCCCACCCCAAAGCAGCGAUGCUCACCCACGAAAACAUCCUCAACAACGGCCACCUCAUCGCCCAGCGCAUGGGUCUCGACCCCUCGGAUCGAAUCAUCUGCCCCCCUCCCUUGUUCCACUGCUUUGGCUGCAUCCUGGGGUACAUGGCCUGCGCGACCACGGGAGCAGAAAUCAUGUUCCCCUCCCCGGCCUUUGACCCAGCCGCCACGAUCGUUAUGGCCCACAAGGAAAAAGCCACGGGUCUGUACGGGGUGGCAACAAUGUUUGUGUCCAUGUUUGAGGAGCUCGCCAACCCGAAACAUCGAAAGAAUUAUCUACGGCCCGUCUACGAGAACUUACAAGAGGGCGAGAAGGCGUUCCCGUUGCUGAAAAAGGGGAUCGCGGCGGGGAGUUCGGUGCCGCAGAGUUUGAUGUACAAGAUUUACGCCACUUUUGGGUUGGAGGACCUGGUGAUUUGCUAUGGGAUGACGGAGACGAGCCCGGUGAGCUGCAUGACUACACCUGAUGAUCCGUUCGAGAAGAGGACGAGCACGGUGGGCAGGGUGAUGCCGCAUACGACGGUCAAGAUUGUUGACCCGGAGAAUAAGGGGAGGAUAUUGCCGAUUGGGGAGAAGGGGGAGUUGGCGGCGGCGGGGUAUUUGGUUAUGAAGGGGUACUGGGGGGACGAGGGGAGGACGAACGAGGUGAGGGUGGCGGAACGGGAUGAGGAUGGACAGGAGAGGGUCUGGAUGUACAGCGGGGAUGAGGCGAGUAUGGAUGAGGAGGGCUAUGUGGCUAUCACAGGGAGGAUCAAGGAUUUGAUCAUCAGGGGAGGGGAGAAUAUCCAUCCGCUGGAGAUUGAGAACUGUUUGUUUCAGCAUGAGUACGUGGCCGAGGUAAGCGUGGUUGGGGUGCCGUGUGACAGGCACGGGGAGAGCGUGGGCGCGUUUGUGAUUGCGCAUGAGGGGGUCGGGGUGGAGAUGGAAGGGAUGGAGAGUGAUAAGGAUGUUGGAGAGGAGGGCAAGAAGGUGUUGACUGCGGAAAUGGUGAGGGAGUGGGUGAGGAGUCGGCUGAGCGCGCAUUUGGUGCCGAAGCAUGUUUGGUUUGUGAGGGAGUACCCCAAGACAGCGAGUGGGAAGAUUCAGAAGUUCAAGUUGAGGGAUAUGGCGAAGAGGUGGUUGCUGGAGGCGGAGGAGAGGAAGCAACAACAAUGA